AUGCACGGAACCAGGGGGGCUUUCUCUCCUGAAGAGAGGGACGUACUAGUUUCGCAAUGUCAGCAGUCAGAGGUGGCGACGGGAAAAUUCUCGUCCACCCUGACUGCUGCGGGAAAAGCCCGCUUUUGGACAAACGUUACAGAAAGCGUGAACAGUGUGAGUAAGUGCACGCGGAGUAUUGAACAAGUCAAGAAGAAGUGGGUGGACCUUAAAUCGCAAACAAAGAAGAAGAGAAUUCUACAUAUGCAGGAGGUUAGGAAGACUGGGGGUGGCCCAGCCCCUGUUCUUGACCUGGAGACUUGGGAAAGUCAGGUUCUGAAGUCAAUACCCUUGUGUAGUGUCGAAGGUAUAAAGAACGGGGCGGACACUUUUCUAGGUAAAAGUUUUUAA